AUGUUGAAAUCUAUUGAAUAUAUAAAUAGGAUAGCUGGUAUUAAUACAUCAGAUUCAAAUCCAUAUUCAUCAAUUAAAGAUUCAAAUGUAAAUGUUAUUGGAUUGAAUCAAGAUUGUAAUAGUUUAAUAAAUGGUAAUCCAUGGCGUAAUCCAUAUUCAAAUCCAUAUGUAUAUGAUGCAGCAACAGCUGUUGCUUUAGUUGGUUAUGCUCCUUAUGCAGCUGGUUAUUCUCCUCACAUGGAUUUAGCUGGUAGAAGAAAAAAUGCAACUAGAGAAACAACAGCAACAUUAAAAGCAUGGUUAUAUGAACAUAGAAAAAAUCCAUAUCCAACCAAAUCAGAAAAAGUUUAUUUAGCUAUUAUGACGAAAAUGACAUUAACACAAGUUUCAACUUGGUUUGCUAAUGCUAGAAGAAGAUUAAAAAAAGAAAAUAAAAUGACUUGGUCACCAAGAAAUAGAACAACUGAUGAUGAUGAUGAUAGACAUGUUAAUGGAUCAAAUAGUGAUCUUAGUGAUGAUGAAUCAACUUGUCCACCAAUACAAACAACAACUAAUCCAUCAUCAUCAACAACAACAACAACAACAACAACAAACACAACAACACCAAUUGUAGCAACAUCAACAGGACAAACAUGUUUUAUACCAAAUAUUAAUUAUUUAUCAUCACCAUUAACUGUUCUUCAACAUCAUCAUAUUCAAGAAGAAAAUCUUCAUAGAGAUGAAACAAAUCGAAAAAGAAAAUUUGAUGAAGAUGAAAAUGGAGAAAGAAAAAAACGUUGUGGAAUUUGGUCACUUGCAGAUAUGGCAGAAAAAAAUCAUAAUCAUUAUAAUAAAAUAAAUGAAACUUAUAUUGAAAAACAACAACAACAACAACAACAACAACAAACAAGAUCUUAUUCAAUAUCAUCAUCAUCAACAUGUUCAUCUCCAACAUCAUCACAAGAAAAAGGUCAAACAAUAGUUGGUGCAUUUAAACCUUUCAAAUGA